UCCCCCACCCUCGCCUGCCGGGAGGAAGAGGAGGGCUCUCACCUGCCCGCCCCGCCCCGCCAGGUGCGGCAGGAAGCGGCGGGGCCGGAGGGAGACCCGCGCCCGCCCCGGCUCCUGUGCGGGGCGAUGGCAGCGGGACGGGCGCUGCCCGUGCUGCUCACCGCGCUGCUCGCCGCCUCGGCGCAGCUCCUCCAGCGGGAAGCUUCCUUCAUGAUCUCGCUCCGCACAGUGGACAACAUCACAGUUAUGAUUAAGUUGAGAUCUGGUGUUUCACCAAGCUGUCAAAUUCGUAUUAAAAAUGUCAUCAGGCCUGAACUCAAGAUAAAGCCUGGGGAGAAUGUGACUUUUACCUUCACUUGUAGUACUCCAGAGAAGUAUUUCAUCAUGGAUAUUCAGAAGAAUAUUGACUGUGUGUCAGGCCCAUGUCCCUUUGGAGAUGUUCAUCUUUACCCACUGGGGCUACCUCGCCUUAACAGGACCUUCAUCUGGGAUGUGAAGGCGAGUACAAAGGCUGGACUUGAACUGAAAUUUUCUACCCCAUGGCUAAGACAGAUUGAACCAGGAGGGACGUGCCCAGAUUUUGUUAGCUACAACAUCAACAGCUGUAUCGAUACAGCCAUAGUCAACAUUGGCACCUUCUGCAGGAAUGGCUCGGUGUCUCGUGUCAAGCUGCUGGGAGGAGUCGUCAUGUCUCUGCACCUCCCUUGGGACUCAGGUCUCACCACCUCAGGCUUCAGCAUAGCUAACAGGGCUUCCAUAAAACGGUUAUGCAUUAUUGAAUCCAUUUUAAAGGAGGAGUCUUCAGUCACCCUGAUGUCCCCAAAUUACCCGCUGGGCUUUCCGGAAGAUGAACUCAUGACGUGGCAGUUUGUGAUUCCUUCCAGCAUGAGAGCAAGCGUGUUUUUCCACAACUACAGCCUCUCCAACUGCGAAAGGAAAGAGGAGAGAGUGGAGUACUACCUCCCUGGUUCCAUCAGCAACCCAGAGGUGUUCAAGCUGAGUGACAGCCAGCCUGCUAAUAUCGCUGGCAGUUUCAACCUUUCCCUGCAGGGCUGUGAUCAGGAUGCCCAGAACCCAGGCAUCCUUCGUUUGCUCUUCCAAGUCGUUGUUCAGCACCCGCAAAUUGAUGAGAAUGUCACCCAUUUGGUUGACCUUAGCAAGGAAUGGAAUAUGACUGUAACAAUACACUUGGAAGGAUGGCCCAGCCGCAACCCGCCCAUGUCUGAACCGAUAUGCCUGAUCUGUAAGGAUCCUCGCUCCUGUGACCGUGUCUUGACUUUAGUGUCUGGUGCUGUCUACAAGAUCUCCUUUCUGUGCAAGGACUUGUCCCGUCUGAGGAUCACAGCUGAAAAAGGCAUAAGCUGUGUCGAUCUUCGGUGGUGUCAGAGGAAGAUCUAUUCCCUCUCUGUGCCCAAGGUUAUUACCCAACUGCCAAUUCGACUGCAUAAGUUUAUUUGGAAGCUCGUGGCUCCUGAGCUGAUCAACAUAGAAAUUACUUCUCCGUCCUUGAAACUUCAGCAACAUGUCCCAGAGCAGAGGUGCAACACAAGCUACAGUUACAGCAUUGUUAGUGCCACUCCGCAGACGGAGUUGAACGUUGGUGUAUUCUGUCCUGGUGGAUCCAUUGAAAAGAUUCAGAUGAAAAAUAAUAUCACUGUAUCUUUAAAAACAUAUGGGAAAGGAUUCCUCAAUGAGUCUAACCAUCAGGAUCUGAAGAUGUCUUUUGUGCCACAUAUUAAAGAUGAGUGCACUUUUUCCGUAAAACCAGAUCCAAAAGCUAAAGUUUAUUUGCAGACUCCCAACUGGCCAUAUGGUCUACCUCCUUAUGUCUCCAUAUCCUGGUACGUCAUCGUGCCCAGCAAGCAAGUUGCCCGCCUAGGGUUCUCCAAGGACCGCAUGGGCAUCACUUGCGAGACGGGCCGUGCCUAUGUCAACAUAAAGGAAGAGACACCAGGGGCAGAGGAAACAGUGCGCCGUGAAGAUGAGCUGCUGCCCAAGCCCCGAAAUAUGUAUCAUGACUUCUGGGUAAAUGUCUCCAACUGUAAACCUGUGGAUAAAACACAACUGACCUUGCAGUUCUGGGUGACUUUUACUGACAAGCAGAUAGACCUAGGAGUGAUACUUGCUGUGGUGGCUGGGACUGGAGUUCUCAUGGCUAUUGGACUCACUGUCUGCUGUGUUAAGAAGAAGAAGAAGAAAAGCCAGAAUCCCAUGGUGGGAGUGUACAAUACUAACGUGAAUACCCAGAUGCCUGGAAAACAAGGCUUAUUCACAAAAGGGAGGAAAAACAAUGAGUCUCAUGUCUAUGCAGUUAUUGAUGAUGCUAUGGUCUAUGGGCACUUACUGAAGGAAUCCAAUGGCUCAGUCGCUCCAGAAGUUGAUGUCUACAGACCUUUUGAUGGACCCGUUGGUAGCUUGCCACCUUCUCCACCUCCACUCUCCUUCAGAAAAGACAUUAAAUGCUCUCCUAGCACCGAGGAACCUCCACCUCUGACGGACACAGACCAUGACACUUACACAUUUGCUCAUCAGACAUCAGGGCAAUUGGAGGACAGUGGAGAUACUAGUGAAAAGAAUAAUGGAGAUACAAGCACAUCCUUGCUGGAAAACAAGGAACAGAAUGGGUUAGGGGAGUAAUUUUAUGCCAGGUAUAGCAGUUUCCUGUGGAAAUACAGGUGACCUAUAAGGACAAAGGUCUAGGGAAAAAUGCUGAAGAGGAGUGUUAUUUUUAAAUGUUUUGAUGUUGGUUUGUUUGGGGAGGAGGUGUGGUUUGGUUUUGGUUGUUUGUUUUUUUUUAAAACUUCAACUGUUGAUAGCUUUCAGGUCUGGAGUGAACAUCUAGCAGACCCAAAACCAGUCAAGACAUUGCAGGACUGCAUGCACUUCUGAUUGUGAAACAGGUUGUAAAGGUACACUCUUGCUUUUUAAACUAAUUCCUGACUGCCAGCUUAAAUAGAAUGCAGAGAAUGUUUUGUCCAGAAGUCCUCCCCUCUCAUAAGUCAUUUCUUCCUGACUAUUGGUUGGUGACUCCUUGAAGGUAUAGGCUACAUCACCGUCUCAAGGCAGCUCCAGGUUGCGUAAAUGCCUACACAGUCUGCUAAUGUCUCAGCAAAGGAAGGGACACUGUCAUCUCCACCGCUUGCCGCUUUGAAAGUUCAUCAUAUUUAGCAUACUGGUGGCUAGGUAUGUGUAGUGAAAGACCGUGUACGUGCCUGGAAGAGCUACGCGUGUGAACCUUUGAGCUUGGGAAGUGAGGUUAUGAGCUUUCUCAGAUUACCAACUGAUGGUAUAAUACUUGGAUAGCACUGUGUAUGCCUACACCAAAGACUGUUUUCUUUGCUUUUUUACAAAAACGGUUUGAAAAGUCUAAACCAAUUUAGGUCUCUGUUCAGAAGCCUGUAGCAUUCACACUUUGCUGAUACCUUGUGCUUUUUGGCUCAAGUAAGAAUAAGGAUUCUGUGAAGAAAGAACGAUGCGAUCAUCCAGCUGUUCAGUAAUGCAUUUCAUGUCACAUGUUUAGAGAUGCUUGGUUGUUUACUAAGGAUCAAAAGAGGGAGUAGAGAAAACAUUAUUUCCAUCAGGUGAUUUCUCUGAAGUGCGAAGUAUGAGAGUGAAUCCAUACGGAAAGCCUAGAUGUUUGGGGUUUUUUUUUUUCCCAUCAGUCUGAAUAUAAGAACCAUAUUGAAAUUAUGGUGGGGGACAGCUCUUGAUUUCUAGCAAGAACUGUACUUGAGUCAUCUACCUGCAUUUGAAAGCCACCUCUUGAAAUCAGGUAAAUAAUAGAUCUUGGUUUUAAGUGCUGUAGUUACCAUGCCCCUCAGUUUCUGUGCCUUUUUAAAACUUGGAGGUCAGCUCUUUAUGCAGAGGACUAUGGGUAUAUGAAUAAACUUGCCUUUUGUAUGCAAAUAUCUGGCUUGUCCAGGUCUGUGGUUGCUGACGAUGUUUGCAAUUUUGCAUGCGGCACUAGACCUCAUGACCUGAGAAUUUCUCUCCAAAUGUAUUAUCGUGACUGUUUCUUGCCUAAGAAUACACAGAAGUGCCAUAAAACUUUUAGACAGUGUUGCAUGCAAUAAUGUCAAACAAAUAAUAAUGUCUAAAAUGAAAAUAUCUUUACUCAUAACCUUACUGUUUACAGCAAAAAAUAAUGUGGACUUUUUCAGGCACAGAUUCCAGUUUGCUUUUCAUUAAGAGAAAGUUAUGACUUAAUUUUUUAAAAAAACUAAUAAAAUGUAACGAGACUACCAACUGGAGUAACUAGUGUAUGUCUUUCUCACAUGCAUGUGUAUAAACUCAGCCUUCAGUAUUUUGAUGUCUGGCUCUUGGUAGCUGUGCUGUUGCCUCAGAUGAUAGAAAUGGGUUUCUGGAGAACCUGGCUGGGAUAAUAUACUGCUGACUGUGUGUCUCCUUUUUCUUGCGUAGCCAGUGAUUAAUUGGUGUUUUUAAAGGCAUGUGUUUAGAUUAGGGAGAAGAAUUGUAAAAUAUUUGAAGCUUUCAGUAUAAAAAUAAACGGUUCAGCAGCUUCUCAGUAGGGUCAUGAUAGUUGUAUUUUAUUCACACCCAGCUGAUAUAUGCAAUUAAAUUAAUUUAUUUUGAGGGAUAAUAGCAU